CCGUGACCCAAUCGAGGAAGAAGGAAUUUCAACAGUGACAACACAACACAGAUAGGCAGUAGGCGCUAAUAUAAAGUGAUUAUAUUUCCCGUUUUUAAUCUUCAUCUCGUCGCCCGUCCACACAGCAAUGGACGGAUCUGUCAGAGGUUCUUCAGACGCCGCCGCCGGCCCGCCGCCCUAUUUCCGAGGAAAUGAAAGCUCCAUGGUUUCAGCCCUCAAGACACUGCUGUUCUUCACUAUCUUGAUGGUCACGCUGCCCAUUGGACUGUACUUCGCAUCAAAGGCGUACAUCUUUGAGGGUUCGAUGAAGAUGUCAAGCUCUGACAGCUACUUCUAUGCCGCCAUUGUUGCUGUACUCACUGUGCAUGUGGUUUUGGCGUUGUUUGUUUAUGUAGCCUGGAACGAAGGCACGCCUAAAGGGAAGGGCAAACACGAUUAAAGCAUGUCCUUAUCAGCUCAUGAGACCGGAGGAGACGGACCGACAUGGGCAUGGAUCCACAGCUCCCCCCACCAUGGCUCCAGCACUACAACAUGGUACCAUCUACCAACCAGACUGUUAGGCAAUCUGGUUUGCGCUUAGGCUUUAACUCGAGGUUAAAGCAUGAAACUACUGUAUACUCCCUGGCAUGGGGGAGCGGAAGCUGUUGGGUGUGUUUUUUUCACCAGCCCCAGCAGGCCCGCCUUUAUGACUUUUUGUUCUCUGGAAAUGUUACUUUUGUUGACAGAGGACAGCCCCUAUUUUUAAGAGGCUUUGUUAUAAGCUGCCAUUUGGUUAAGUGUUGUAAGUCCCUUCACAGUAAAGAGAUUGCCAUGUAGGAAAACAUCUUGAGUUUUGGAUGUUGUGUGUGUGUGUGUGUGUGUGUGUGUGUGUGUGUGUGUGUGUGUGUGUGGGCGCACACAUACAAACGGGCGCACACAUACAAACACACACACUGCUUUACUUGUAACGUAUUUGUAUGAAGGAUCUGAUUUCAAAAAUGCUCUACAUCCAUUCUCUGACAAUUCAUUGCACUGAAUUGAUUAUUCUGUCCUCAAAUUAAAAUGACAAGAUAUUUAUAUGCAUAUAUUUACAGAUUACGCUUAACUUCAGUACAAACCCAUAAUGUGCUUAACUUUCAUGCCAGGUUAAAGGUGAGUAGAUAUUGUAUUUUUUGAAUAAAGUCUUCAUGUCUUGACUUUAAGUAAUCUGAUUCAUCAUUUUGUUGUUGUGUUGUUUUUUUUUUUCUCUCUGUUUUAAAGUGUUUGUGUACUGUAGUUCAGUGAUGUUUCAGACCUUUGUAUUAGGAAAUGACUGCAAGAUCAAGUUGUAUUUAAAGGAACAUUUUGUAUUGAAGAUGUUUGGUGAUGUAGAUGUCGGUGUGAUGCAGAUGGGAACGAUGACUUGCUCGAAUAAACUUGGAAAAAUUUUAA